AUUGAAGUUGGUGAAAUUAAUAUUAAUAAGUUGAAGUCAUUGAAUCAUCCCAUUGCUAGGAUUCGUGCAGUUCACACUGGUGGUAAUGAAGCAUCCAAGGCUGAUUCAGAUGUGGCAAAAGGUCUUGAAUCACAAAUUCUGUUAGCUAGGGGCGCUCGUGUUAUGCUUAGGGCUAAUUUGUGUGUGGAAGCUGGGUUAGUUAAUGGUGCAAUUGGAACAGUCCACGACAUAUUAUUCGAAGAAAACCAGAGACCACCUUUUCUUCCUAUCGCAGUUUUUGUAGAGUUCGAUGCUUACAAUGGCUCUGCAAUUGUAUCCACAGAAAGUAAAAGAACAAUCCUGAUUCCAUCUAUUCGAUGCUCAUGGGAUACAAAUGUAGAGACGUGCACACAUUUACAGAUUCCCCUCAGCCUUGCCUGGGCUAUCAUGGUAUAUAAAAGCCAAGGACUAACACUAGCAAAUGCUAUGAUUAAUCUUGGAAACAAAGAAUAUGCCUCCA